AUGCCGUCUCCCAAGUCGGCUAUUGCCGAUGACCACUCUGCGCCAGAUCUGGAGAUCGUCAACUCAAACUUGACAAUCCAUCCGGCAGGCUUCACUGGAGGCCCAGAAACCCAAGAUGGACAAAUCACCGAACGCAACCUUGUUCACCAUAUGGCGCGAUUUCGCGAGAACCCCUUCGACUUUCUCCGGGAAGUGAGCCUGUACAUGUCCGGCACCGGCUGGCGUGCAUAUGACGAACCAAUCGGCCAACCAAUCUUCUAUUCUGGCUUCUCUGAAGGGAUGAAGACCUCUAUAUUGGGCAGCCUGCUCCUGCAAACCAAGAUCACUGAAUUGGCCAAUGGUCGACUCAUAGUCGAAGAGAAGGAAGGAUUGCUGGCAAUCAAUGAAGGUAUAACGCUGGACGACAAACGGGCCCGUCGCCGCACUGAGAUUGAAGAUAAUCUUCGGGAAGUUGUGGAUACAAUGAUGGAAAACAUGAUUUGCAAGAUGGAGAGCAAAACAUUUAUUCGGGGUGCUUAUUACAUGUGCACACAGCUCUUGACUCGCGCUUACCAUCAAGCCGAAACUGCGGCCAAGAAGAAGCAGUCGAUUGUUUUCCUGCCAUGUCACAAGUCCCAUGUGGAUUACGUCUCCCUGCAAAUUAUCUGUUACCGUCUCGGCAUUUCUCUGCCGGUCAUCGUCGCGGGUGACAAUCUGAAUAUCCCGUUGCUAGGCACUUUCUUACAACAUGCAGGCGCUAUGUGGAUUCGACGCAGCUUUGGAAAUGAUCCUUUGUACAAUACUGUCGUCCAAGCUUAUAUCGAUACCCUCCUUCAACAAGGCUUCAACUUCCAAUGCUUCAUUGAAGGCGGUCGCUCCAGAACUGGAAAACUGCUUUCACCUAAGUUUGGGAUCUUGAGUUUCAUUAUGGACAGCAUAUUAUCAGGUCGGGUUGAAGAUCUCAUCAUUUGUCCCGUCAGCACCCAAUACGACAAGGUCAUUGAGACUGAGUCAUACAUCAGCGAGCUUCUUGGCCAACCGAAGGCAAAGGAGAACCUGGCUGAUUUCAUUUCUUCCUCCUCUGUUUUAUCUCUAAAGCUGGGUCGAGUUGAUGUUCGUUUCCACGAGCCAUGGAGUCUCCGAGACUUCAUCGGCCAGCAACUUACGCGACUAGAUCGCCCCAGCACCGACAUCAAUAACAAACUUAGCUAUACUGAUCGAGGCCGCAUCCUGAGAACGUUCGGUUAUCGGGUUCUGUCUGAUAUCAACGACGUGUCUGUGAUGAUGCCAACCGCCCUUGUGGGCACCGUGCUCUUGACCUUACGCGGCCGCGGAGUCGGAAAGGCCGAAUUAGUACGCAGAUUGGACUGGCUCUGCGAGCGGGUGCGAGCGAAAGGUGGCAGGGUCGCACAUUUCUAUCGCUCACCAACGGAGACGGUGGUUGACCGUGCGCUAGAAGUCCUUGGACCCAAACUAGUUAGUGUGAUUUCAGGUCUAGUCGAGCCAACAUACUAUGCGGUGGAUCGUUUCCAGCUUUCCUUUUACCGCAACAUGCUCAUUCACCUUUUCAUCACUGAAGCGCUGGUUUCUGUGGCUAUGUACACAAAGAUCAAGCAAGGCGGCGGGCCCGCCAAUCAAAGAAUCACCUACGAGGAUUUGAAGAAGCAGGUCUCAUUCCUGUCGCAGCUUUUCCGCGGUGAAUUCAUUUUCCCGCCUGAGGGCUUGGCUCGCAAUUUCGAUAAAACCUUGCGUGGGCUAGAGAAGGAUGAUGUGGUCAAAAUCACUCGUGAUGAGUCCAGCACACCAAUUUACGUUGAAUUGAGCGAGUCAGAGAGACUAUGUGGUCGCGAGAACUAUGACUUUUACUGCUUCCUGAUCUGGCCUUUCAUCGAGACGUCUUGGCUUGGCUCAGUGUCCCUUCUUGGGCUGACGCCGCCUCUCGAUGGUCCGAAGGAAGUUUGGAUCGAUUCAAAAAAAGCACAAGAUAGUGCUCAGAUUCUUGGUAAAACCUUAUAUCACCAAGGUGAUCUCUCCUACUUCGAGGCAGUCAACAAGGAGACCCUCAAAAACUCUUAUCAACGAUUCGAAGAAGAGGGUAUUAUCUUGGUUGCGAAGAACAAAGAUUCGCGUGCCAGUCCAUCCCUCAGGCUGGCUCCUGAAUGGGCACCUCAGCGUGAUGAGGGUACUGGGAAGGUUUUAGCCGGUGGCCGACUGUGGGACUUUGUUGAAUUGAUUGCACAAUCCCGUCGCGAGGGCAAAAACCGCCGGGACGGUGCAACUGUUUCCUCGCGCGUUCUUACUAUGUCUGAUCUUGUUGGGCGGAAGCUGUUCCAAAAUGCCGCGGCUCCUGUGCCUGCCGACGUAUCGUCACGGCAAAUGCGCCGGAAUGCAAUUGGAGCCGAGGCAAAGCUCUAG